AUGGCUGCAACCUCCGGUAACACUGGAUCUAGCGAUCCGGACAUGGUACUGAUUGGCGAACUCAUGGAGGAGAUGACACGACGUCCGCCCGCUAUCUGUGCAAGAAAACUUCUUGUCGAGCACUACAUGUCCAUAGGAUGGCUGGAGGCUGCUGUCGACAAUGCGAAAGAGCUGAAGAACUUGGCGCCAGGGGAUUCCGAUGUCGCAAAAUUCCUCCAGAUACUCGAGAAGAAGCCCGAGCCGCCUGUUCUAGAGAAGAAGCCACUACCACCAGCAUCAAAGAUGCCUGCAUCGCGAAGCAUCGAAAAGCUGGAGUGGGAUCCCAAGUUAGGACGGUACAAGAAGACUGUGGUGCCAAACUCUGUCGAGAGGAAACCGCAGGUUUCUACUGUUGUCGUGGGCGAUGAUCUGGAUGCAGCACAGCAAGAUCUCGUUACCGGCUAUCAAGCAUUGCGAGCGAAGGCAAAUUUCAUACUCGCCGAUCUGGUGCACCUACAAGUUCUGCAAAAGAAAGCAGACCUUCUUCCUUCCAGAAGCACUUCUAAGAUCCAGCAAAUUGCGAAUGGACAGGCGGGCACGUCGGCACAACUGUGCACCCCACGAAAGACAGCUCGUGCUAUGCGCGACAGCCCGCAGAAUGCUACCAGCAUUGCUAUUGCAGACAUGGAGGAAGCGAUGAGAUGGCAUAAGACCCUCCUCAGUCAUGCUUCGAGCGCAAGUACUGAUACAAUCCGGGAUGCCCUUGUGAAACGGAAAGCUGCGCUGGAGAUCGCGUUACCCGACGAACUGAGAAUACAUUGCGAAGUCGCCAUCAUGCAUAUGGAGCACGAGUACCUCGAACGUAACUACGUAAACACUGAGACGAUGUAUGGUGACGAGGUGAAGGACAUCCCGCGAUCAAACUUCUAUGUCACCGAGGACAACUACGCAUGGGAUUUGGAAGAGCUCGUAGCUGCCAUCAAGGCUGGGAGUGGCGUUCUGCGUAAUCCGCUAAGCAAGCAGAUGUUCACACCAAAGGACGUCAAAGGUAUAUACACGCAUCCGUUGGCUAAACCUCUCGCUGCGCUUGCAGUUGAGCAAAAAGAAAUGUCCAAAGGAGUCCGUCCCGAAACCAUCACCCAUAUGGAAAAGCUGUCCAACAUACUACUUGAAGACCAAUCUACCGAUGCCAUGCCGAGCCGCCACGCAGUGGACGAGUUCUUAGCUUACGUCGCAACCUUACCCGAGCUCGAACAAAACGCCAUCCAGGGCCUCAAGUGUCCUGCAAAGGACAGUCAUACUGGUCAAGCCUACGACUCUAGCAUCGGAGAGGCAGUACGCGACGCAAAAGGCAAUCGAGUUUGUUUUCACAAAACAGGCGAUUUCAUCAGACAGGCAGCCGCGCAUCUCCGACAGAGGCGAGGGUAG